AUGUCAGCCCUUUUAGUCUAUGUAUAUUCAGGUUUAUUGAUUUUGGGAGGCCUCAUUGGUUUCAUCAAAGCUGGUAGCAUGAUGAGUUUAAUAAUGGGAAUCUUGAGUGGAUUCUUGGCAGCAUAUAGUGCCAAUUUACAAAGUUACAACAAAAAGUCUGGUUUACAAUUGACCAUGUUGGUAUCUUUUGUAUUACUUAUUUUCAUGGGACUUCGUUAUUACAACAGUCAAAAGUUUAUGCCAGCUGGUCUUGUCUCUAUAUUCAGUGCCAUCGUUUUAUUCAAAUCAUACACUGAUUUCCAAACCAUCCAUUAA